AUGAGUACCACAAGGACCCGGGGAACCACACACCCACCGCAGUCAGUCCACUUUAAAUACCGUUCCCUAUUGGGCCUCUGGAAACCAGGGAUAGGUGUCUCGUCACCUCUCCUCCUACCAAAUCUCCUGACCGUUGUCCCUGCCAUAAUCACGCCUCGGCACCAGGAAAGUAAGCGCCGCGUAUGCCACAAAGGCCAACAGGUCCGAGACCAAUUUGAGAGUCCCAGAAUAAUUCAGGAACCAGCCAAAGUAGAAGCGCCCCGCUUUUCCUCAACUUCAGUUGUCGAGCUGGAUAUCAAGUGGUUAUCAGGUAUCGAGGCAACUAGCACUCCCCAGGCAUCUCGGGGACCCCUAAACAGGGCCGUUGCCUUUUCGGGAGCAGUUGACACGGCGCGUGAGAAGAGCCGGGACGAGGAUCACUCAUGUUCCUCUGAGGAUUCCUCAUGUUCCUCUGAGGAUUCACUUUCUGACUACUCAGGCAGUGAUUCCCUGAGUACGAUUGUGAAAAAGUUACAGGGGUUUCUUCUGUACAAGUUAAAAAUGAAACAACGCAUUCUGAAAGAAGACAUACUAAAGAUAGUCACCAGAAAGUACCAGGACCAAUUUGCUGAUAUCCUCAAGAAAGCCUCUGACAUCAUCGAGACAGUCUUUGCAGUGGAAUUGAAAGAAAAGGACUCAGCCAGGCCCUCCUAUGUCCUGGUCAGCAAUCUCAAACUCCCCAAUAAUGGGAGAGUGCAUCCUGGCAGGGGGUUUCCCAAGACUGGUCUCCUGAUGAGUAUCCUGGCCAUGAUUUUCCUGAACGAGAACCGAGCCACAGGGAGAGAAAUCUGGGACUUCCUGAACUCCAUGCAGGUAUACGCUGGGAGGAAUCACUUCAUUUUUGGGGAGCCUAGAAAGCUCAUUACCAGAGACUUUGUGAGGCUCAAGUACCUGGAGUACCGCCAGGCGCCUGCGAGUUAUCCAGGAUGCUACGCCUACGUGUGGGGCCGCAAAGCUUGUACCAAAAUGACCAUGAUAAAGGUCCUGCGAUUUUUGGCUAGGGUCAGCUUUGGAAUGCCAAAUGCUUUCUCGUCAGAAUACGAAGCUUUGCGAGAGGAGGAAGAAAGAAAGAAUGCCCACCAGAGGGGCCCGGAGGGUGGGCAGUAG